UUACAAGGCCUUCUUCAGCCCUUCGUCGUGUUCUUCGUUUAUCUUCCAUCUCUCAACCAUGAAACGAAUACGAGCUCUUGCUUCGACACGAUGUUUCAUUCUCAGAAAAAGAACCUUAUUGUAGAGAAAGAUUAUUCGUACACGAUCCCGAAGUGGGAACAUGAAUGGCAUGAAGUAAUUGAUAAUAAUUCGUCGGACCACAAAAGAGAAAAUCACCUCAACUGCAGCGCUUGACGAACCAAUUUGUUCGAUUUUUGUGUGCGAAGCCGACACGACCUUUAGGCGUGGCAUCUGAUCUUUGAUGAUGUCCAGCUGACACGACGUUUCAGAAAAUGUAGAAGAAAUCAAGGAUUUUUACAUUUUGAUAGUCGCUGAUAAUUUUCGUCACUUUGGAGGGAUUUUUAUAUCAUACCGUGCGGCUGCCAUGUAUUUUUUGCAUGCAUCAAUAGAUUGAAGACGACGUUGAAGGACAUUGCAAGCUUCCUCUGCGUUUAGUUUGGGGCAUACGAAAAACAUGAGAUACCAUGGGAGUGUUUCAUAGCAUUUAUCCUUUACCGACGACAUAAGAUUCUGACAUUUGUCUACUCCCUUUACAAAUACGUCAUUACAUCUUUUUGCUACUCUUCUGGCUAUCUGUCGGCCAUGACUGGUUUUGAAAUCAGCCCAUGUUGGUUUUGAGGAAAGCAGCUUGUCCGCCUUCUCUUUCGACAUCCCUAACGAUUCCUGUUCUUCGGCUUUCUGUUCAGCUUCAGAUUUUUCCUCAUCCUCCAUUAUUGACUUGAGAGCUUUUCUUUGAGCAAAACUCUCUAUAAUAUCGAAACUGCAACAGGUAGGUCCCCAGAUAUCUGCCCUCAUGAAUCCAUCUCGCCUCCUUAAGAAAUGCUCGUGAAGUAGUGGCCAUAAAUCCACCUCCUAUAUCGAGUAUGUCCAUAGGAUGACCCAACAUACGACCGUAAUCUAUAAGCUUUCGUGCAUUUGCUAAUGAAAGCGCUAGUGGUCGACAGUUUUCUACUCCAGAGCCGAUAUGGAAGCUGAUCCCAUGGAUUUUCACUCCAAGCCUCACUGCUUCGUGAAGUAUAAGCUUACUAGUCGUUUCAUCAGCUCCGAACUUUUUGUUUAAGUCAACCAAUGAUACGAAACCGGUUACUUUGAUCCGCAGUAUCAGCGUGUCAUUGAAGUAAUACCGUUCCUGAUAGCGUACUCUAUACAGCGACGGCUCUUCACGGGAUGGGCAAGGAUGAUUUCAUCACCCUACCGUAUCCAUUUCCUGAAGGCUCGCACAAUCGAAGCAUGCACCAUGAGCAGAGAGGGUUUUAAGAAUGUUGAGAUCCGGAUUACAUUUGACUGCGUAGAAUGGCUUAACAGAAGGUAAAGCCAUGUUCCAUAAAUCCAGAUUCCGCUUAACCACAUCGAGAUCGAUGAUCGAGAAUGGUUCAUGAAAUCCUUCAAUGUCGUAGCCUGCUGCGAUUUUCCUAGCAUAGUCCUCUACUUCGAGAGUGCCGUCAUGUUGGUAGACAGCGCCUUUCAUGAUCUCUCUAG